AUGGGAACUGCUGCGUCCAAAAGGAAGAAUUUGAGAAACGAUGCGAUAUCUUCUGUGGCAGCAAAAGUUAGAGCAGCACGAGCAUUUGGAGAGUACCUGUCCCACACAAACCCUGAAAACCGAAACGGAUCAGCUCAUCUUCUGUGUGAGACCUUGGUGGGUCCUGAUCCAGAGUCGACCGCUGACACCAUUGGCUUGGACAACAACAACCACCUCCAUCCCUGCUCCGCCACCGAGGGCCGUGAGGACAGACCGGAGCCCAGGCUAGCCAAAGAGAAGCUGGGUUUGCUCCAGCCUCCUCCCCCCUCGAUAUCCAUUUCCACCAAGCCCUCCCGCCUGUCCCUGGAGCGCAGUUUCUCGGCGGAGGAGGACCAGCAGAAGUCGGUGGAGUGCUCCCUGCAGCCGGCCCGCGUCUACACCAUCACCACCAAGCACGGCAUGUUGAUGACCAGCGGCAGGGGCAGCAAGGAGAGCCUCGAACUGGACGUCCUGAAGGAGAAGUCGGGGAGCGGCGGGCUGGGGUCCAGAGGCGGCUCCAUCCAGCCCUCCACCUCCCCGUCCUCGGCCUCAUCCUCCCCGACCCAGUACCAGCGCGCGGGCAGCAGCCGCCACCACGGCAACCACCACCACAGCAACCACCACCACCACCACGCCGUCCCCGCCAUGAACGCGCCCUCCGGCAGCGGGGGAGGGAGCGCCAAUCAGCAGCAGCUGACCGUGGCGGGGCCCCACUCCCACCACGGCUCGCACCACCACGGCGGCCACCACCACCACCACCUGUCCCAGCCCCCGCUGCAGACCUCCGUCAGCGCGCACAACAUCCGCGGCUGGGGCGAGGGCGGGAAGGGGGAGGCCGAGUGCAGCGGGCUGGCCUGCGAGUCCUGCACCAGCGCCCCCUCCCGCAGCCAGGGCUCGCUGGACCUGGAGAGCACGUCCCGAGAAGCAGAGGAGACUAACUGGUUCCCCAAGGAAAAUAUGUUCACCUUUCAAACAGCCACGACAACCAUGCAGGCGAACUUCCGGAAGCAUCUUCGAAUGGUGGGCAGCAGAAGGAUUAAAGCUCAGACAUUCGCUGAGCGUAGAUCGAAGAGUUUCAGCCGUUCCUGGAGCGAUCCCACACCUGUCAAGACUGACUCUCCCCAUGAGCCCAGAGACAGCGGAGACCUGCAGGCCUCCAGUGGUCCCCUGGAAGAAGGAGGCCUCGACGAGUCCUUGGACUGGGAGGAGGAACGAGAGAUGGAGAGGCUGGCCUGUGAGGGUGAUGACUUCAUACCCCCCAAAAUAAUGCUCAUCUCCUCUAAGGUUCCCAAGGCGGAGUACGUUCCCACCAUAAUCCGCAGGGAUGAUCCUUCCAUCAUCCCAAUCCUCUAUGAUCACGAACACGCAACGUUUGAUGAUAUUUUAGAGGAAAUAGACAAGAAGCUCACAGCCUACAGGAGAGGGAGCAAAUUCUGGAGGAUGCUCAUCUUUUGUCAGGGAGGUCCUGGUCAUCUGUAUUUACUGAAAAACAAAGUGGCAACCUUCGCUAAGGUGGAAAAGGAGGAAGACAUGAGCCAAUUCUGGAGGAGACUCAGUCGAUUCAUGAGUAAGGUCAACCCAGAACCAAAUGUGAUCCACAUAAUGGGAUGUUAUGUCCUGGGGAACCCAAAUGGAGAAAAGCUGUUUCAGAAACUGAAGAAUCUGAUGAGGCCUUAUUCUGUUGAGUUCGAGUCACCACUGGAGCUGUCUGCACAGGGCAAAGAGAUGAUUGAGAUGUACUUCGAUUUCCGCCUCUACCGCCUUUGGAAGACACGCCAGCACUCCAAACUCUUGGACUAUGAGGAUUUUUUGUGACAAAAAUACCUGGACAGACAAUUCCAUGAGGACCGUCUUAAAACUGAGCCGCUGCCUGAACACCGUUCAGCCGUUGUGCUCGGGCUGUCAACCCAACAUGAACAGUCACGUCUGCUCUCAUCCUGAGGAGGGCAAAGAGCAGGAGCAUAAAAAAGAGACGAAAGAGAAAGAGCCGUGUUUCUCCUCAUUUCCGGAAUGAGGGUAAAAAAAAAGUACAAACUGAACACACAUUAAAAAAGAGGAAAAAAAGCCUGAUAAACUAGACCCCCUUCAUCAUUUUCACUAAAUGUGACUGCCUCAAUCUGACAGUUAAAUCCGGAAUUGGAAAAAAAAAAGAAGAAAAAAAGCUAAUAUUUCUUUCACACUUCAAUGGCGAGAGCAUACUUUUUGAAACUGAUGUAUUUCUGUUACACAUUCUGUCUUAAUGUGGUUCAGUGUCUUGGAUGGACCUCUUGGAUAAUCUCAGACCUUUGAGACAUACAUGUACAUAAAUAACCCAUGUGUUAAUGUGUGUAUAGUCCACAUGAAUAUAUUAGCAUAGCUUUAGUCAUGCAAAUGAUGCUCUAUAUCAGACUGAUUAUCCACCAUUUAUUUUUGAUGUGCAUUGUUGUCCAGUUUCAUAUGGAAAUACUUUGGAAUAACUCAGGUUUUAGCCAUGAAUUAAUGAUUACGUUUGUCUCUUCUAUCAUGAUAUUGUAAUAUUUGACGGCAUUGCUUCGAAUGAAUGUAUUAUCUCUCAAGAGAUCUGUGUUUGACAUGAGGAAGUGAAUGUCGUGUUUGUUUGGGGAAAAAAUGCAAUGUGCUGAGCGUGUGUGUUUCCCAUGUAAAAAUGUAGAAAACAUGUUGUAUAUGUAUUUAAUCUUACUGCCCCCGCCCUCCCAACGCAAAAAUAAUUAUCGCUGGCAUCCAUAUAGGUAUGUCCUCGUGACAUGACAUUGUUGUGUGAUUCAUGAUGUCAAGGGAUGUAACAGCCAUCCAAGUGCUCCUACUCCUGCCCUAAUUAUCCUUCCUGUUCUUUUGCGGAGGGGUCAGACCACUUAGCUGGUCUCUGUCGAAAGUGCUGGCUUCUCUGGGUGGCCGGACGAGCUUCCGCCACCUCUCUCCUCACAGGGCUGAGAUCCAGUCGGAGAAGUAGAGCUCUCUGAAUUAAAGAGAUCUGGUAGAAGUGGAAGCUAUGAGGAGCGUCAGCUUGUUGAAGAAAAAAAUAUGGAAAUAUGCAGCAGGUGUUGGUCUGUGUCUCAGACAGUUGCACUACCUGAACGACCUGAGCAGUUUCAGACAGAACCCAGCAGUCCCUGUGCUCAUGCACACAGGAAACAACACAUUUGCAGAUGUAAAUCAUUCCAAAGUGUGACAGGCAACCUACAGAUUUCUCAUAUUUCAAAUAGUUCAGUUAGAGGACUUGACAUUAACACACCUGUGUGACUGCUGCAAACAUUUUUAUAUAUUUCCUUCUGGGAACAGAAUUUGGAGGAACAUAAUUGACUUUAUCUCAGAAUUGUCUUCAAAUCCAGUUCAUACGACAAACAGAUUGUGUUAACAUCUCUGAGGGUUUAUUCAGACGUUCAUGACAGAGUGAAGUAAUGACAAUGACGAGACAUUGAUUUUUUAAAAUCCUUUUUCAAUAUUUUAAAUUCUGCUACUUAAGUGUUGACUGUUUUUCACUGGCCUUGUUAUAGGUACAUAUGUACAUAUGUCCAAAGGUAGUGUCAAGUUAAAAGUAUAAAAAAAUCAUUUAAGAUUGAUGAUAUUAUUUGCCUGAUUUAUUUGUUCUUGUUUUUUGUUUGUUUGUUUUGAUUUAAUAAGGAGGCCACGGACAACAUAAUGAGACAACAUAACCCCAACCAUGUCAUUUUCUGAAUGUCUCAUCAAUUAUUACUUUCAGCACAAUCAACAUUAAGAAGAGUCUUUGGAAAAUAUUAGAUCAAAUAUACACUUCUCAGGCAUGAAAAAUCACCUUUCAAACAUGUUUGUAAAAGUUUUUGAAAACGUUCAAAUUCACUUUAUUGAGUUGUAACAGGCAAAGAAGUUCAAAUCGGCAAAGGAAUGCAUAAGCUUAUGACAAGCUUAUGACAAUGGUGUGGCAUGUUUUUGCAGUCAUUUGAUUCUUUUUAGGCUUUCAUGGUGAAACUGCAACACUUUGUGCAGAGGACUGGUGUGAGAGUGUUCUUCUGUGCAUCACUGGUAACCAACUCAACUGAUUUGCAAAACUAGAAUGACCUAGAGAUCCCUUUGACUAUUAUUACCUUUUAAUUGAAUUUCCAAUAUGUUCCAUUGGAAAUUUGUAAAAAAAACGAUUACAAACAUGUAUUACGUUGUGGAAAGUUACUCUGUUUUUACAUUCAGUUUGAUUUGACAGAUUAAAUGUGGCAGCUUAUAGAAUAAGCAGACAAUAUGAGGUUUGAUCUAGCAGUAAGCAAUUAUCAUGAAGGCAUUUAUGAUGGAACCGACACAGGGUUCCUUAAACGUGGUGAGUCCUGUCAUGCAUGGAUUAGCCAAUCAUAGCCCUGUUGCACAAAGGCGGCCGCUCCUGAGUGUCAGCGCUACUGAAGAGUCUGGUGAUAUUAAGCUGAUCACGUGUCUGCGGGGGGGUUGCAGUUUUCAUGGAGAAAGCUUUAAGAUUUGUGUGCCCAAGUUUUGCCACAGUUAUUAAUGCGUACUUACACACACAGCAUUCGACUUGUACAUGCUCACACACAAAGCCUUGAUUUUCUAAAAUUGUGUAGAGUAAACUUUUCCAGUAGUCCUAAUUUGUGUUAAUGCUUGAGCAGUGUGUGCUGAACCUUGGGCUCACGGGAGGGCUCUUUCCCGCAAAUCCCAGUUGUUCUGUGCGCGCGUGUGUGUGUGUGUGUGUGUGUGUGUGUGUGUGCG